GAUUCCGAUUCUGUUCGGAUUCAAUUCUCAGUUAUUCUCAGUUAUCCGAGGCAGCGCGUGCCGAACGCGUAUUGUUUUCCAAAUCUGUUUUAUAUUAUUUAAUGGCUCACUUGGGUGUCUCUAUAUAGACGAGAUUAAACGAUCGAAGAAAUCUUAUCAGUGCGUUAUCGCUGAUAUCAACUGUGUAUAAGAUAGCUGCCGGCCGCUUGCAACCCAAUCAGUUUCAUUUUGUACUUGGACUUGAACGGAGCUAGUCAUGACACAAAUUCGGAGGAGCAGUUGGCUCGGCUGCAGUUUGGGUGGCCUUCUGGUGGCCCUUCUGGCACUGCAAUCGAUGCCCCAGGGCACCGAAGGAUCCAACAUCCUGGGCGUCUUCACCAGCCACAGUCCGUCGCACUUCAUCGUCCACAUGUCCAUCAUGAAGACGCUGGCCGAGAAGGGUCACAACGUGACCGUGGUCUCCUCAAUGCCACCCAAAGUGACCCACAAGAGCAUCAAACACAUUGUGAUCCCAUUGAGUGCCGAGGAUGAGAAGGUCCUAAACGAUGGAAUGGUCAAUAUGGUUAAGGAGAAACCCUCGAUUUGGAACACCUUCAAAUCCAUCUUCAGCUCGCUGGCCUUGCUCAUUGAUAAGCAGGUUGAUGUUCUGGAGGAUCCAAAGUUCCAGGAACUCUACCUCAACAAGGGCAACAAAUUCGACGUGGUCUUCGCUGGAUUCUUCUUCAAUACCUAUCAGGUGGCUCUGGGGGCCCGGUUCAAUUGCCCCGUAAUUAUUUCCUGGCCGGGAGCACCCAUGAUGAUGGUCAACGAGGUUCUGGGCAAUCCAGAGCUCUCCAGCGUUCCGCAAAUGAAUGUUGCAGGCAAGCCUGGACAACCCAUGAAUUUCAAGCAGCGUUUGCAGAGCUUUGGCAGCACUGUGGGCUUCAAUGCUCUUGCUCUCUUCCUGAACUACAAAUACAAUGGGUUCUAUGAGCGACUUUGGGGCAAGGACAAGUCAAUGCCCAGUUUUGAGCUGGCCAAAAGGAAUGUCUCACUGGCCUUUUGCAAUAGCCAUGCCAUCAGCGAGGGACCAAUUCGUCCGAAUGUUCCUGGUAUAAUCGAGAUCGGAGGCAUUCAGGUGAAGACCAAGCCUGAUCCUCUGCCGGAGGAUGUCAAGGAGUUCCUGGAGAAGGGCAAGCAUGGAGCCAUACUCUUUAGUUUGGGCUCCAAUUUGAAGGGUGAACAUAUCCAGCCCCAAGUAGUGUCCACUAUUUUCAAGGGUCUGAGCAGCCUUAAGCAGCAGGUGAUCUGGAAAUGGGAGGAUUUAAAGAACACACCCGGCAAAUCGGCGAAUAUACUCUACAAGAAGUGGCUGCCCCAGGAUGAUAUCCUGGCCCAUCCCAAGAUCAAGCUUUUCAUCACCCAUGCGGGUAAAGGUGGAGUCGCGGAGGCCCAAUACCAUGGAGUUCCCAUGUUGGCUCUACCCGUCUUUGCCGAUCAGCCGGGAAAUGCCGACAAACUGGUGCAGAGCGGAUAUGGUCUACAGUUGCCUUUGGCCACUCUGGAUCUGGAUGAGUUCAAGGCGGCCAUUAAGGAGGUCAUCGAGAAUCCCAAGUUCGCCCAGAAGCUGAAGACCUUCUCGCAGCUGUAUCGCGAUCGUCCUCUGAGCGCCCAGGAAUUGGUGGUCUACUGGACGGAAUACGUGAUCCGUCAUCAUGGUGCACCCCACAUGCAGAGCCCUCUGGUCCACAUGAACUUUAUCGCCAGCAACAACCUGGACAUCUAUGUCCUCGCCAUUCUGGUGCUCUACAUUCUCUUCCUCAUCAACAAGAUCGUGUGGAAGUUUUUGUGGCGCAAAUUGUUCUCCAAAUCGAAAAAGGAUUCUCCAAAGAAGAAGGUGAAGAAGCAGUAGAUAGGAUAUAUAAAGGAUUAUGCGAAUUUUAUACUUAGUAACAAAUUGAAAACUAAAGGCAAAACGAAAAAAUAAAAAUAAUAUUUA